AUGUCACUCGACUCCCAGAACCCCUUCAAUCCCUCCGACCCUCAUGCGCGCUUCGUUAGCACCUCCUGUCUCGAUCUAUUACUUAUUGAAAUCGUCCCCAUGGCCGAACGCAUCACGCAAGACCUCCUCGUCAACUCCAUCACCACCACUACCACCACAAACACAACCGCAAACACAAUCGCCGCCGACGGAACAAGCAAUACAAAUGUCAAAAUAGAAGACGACGAAGUUCGAGAAGCGGCUUUUUACCGUCUUGAAAUGUUGGGGUAUAGAGUUGGGCAGGGUCUUACGGAGCGGUAUAUCCCCUUACCCUCUACGUUCUCGCGGGAGAUAAUGGCUAAUGGUGGAUCGGUAGAUUCUCGCGCGACCGGCCACGCUUCACGGACAAUCUGGACGUGA